AUGAUUCACUUUUUUGUUUUUCUUAUUUUAUUCCACGAUUCAACAAUUGGAGCACCGUGUAAAAUGUCUCCACUGACUAGAUAUUUAAGUGACGAACAGCAGGUGAUAAUAUUUUUAUUUAUUUUUUGUUUUGAAAUAUUCUGUCUGAUUCAGCAAACAUUACAUCAACUUAUUGUUUCUGCUAGAAAUUCUGGGGCUGAUGAAGAAAUGGUAAAAGAAAGUAUGGAUGAAUAUUUAUCACAAAUAUUGUCACCGGAGAAGUUGAUGAAAUUUAAAGUGGAACAUGAUCAAUUUGAAGAAGAAAGAAAGAGAAUUGGAAAACGAAGUGUAGACAAUAAUUAUGGUUGGUUUUCAAAUUUUAUUAAUCAUGUCAUUUUUUUGAUUUCAGAAAAACCUGAACCUGUCAAGAUUUUCGAUAUUAUUGAUAAAUACAAUACCAAAAACUACGACAGUAAGAAACUUCAUGAUUUUCUUGAGUCCGAAUAA